GGAAGGAACCCCCAACUGGGCUUCGCUGUCAGUACAUCUGCUUCUGCCGGGCCGUUCCGCUCAUAUUAGCCUUUUACCGACAGAUUACCGACCGAUUUCCCCACGGAAUGGCAAAGAAAAGAGGCGCCGCGCGGGAGGCAGAAGCCACACCGUUAGUUGAAGACGAACCGAAGCCUACGGAAACUUUGACAGUUAAAGGGUCUUCAUAUGAAGGGGUGGGAUCGGCUCGUGUGUCGCUCCUCAUCCUCGUCGGCAUCUUCGCCUGCUCUGCGUCCGUCAUGUACCUGGUCUACAGGAAUUUUCCAGAACUCAGCAUAGACGAGAAGGAGAAGAUGAAGAUUCCCAGGGACAUGGAGGAUGCUAAGGCCCUGGGGACCGUGCUGUCCAAGUACAAAGACACCUACUACUCGCAGGUCCUGCUGGCCUACUUCACCACGUACCUGUUCCUCCAGACCUUCGCCAUCCCCGGAUCCAUCUUCCUCAGCAUCCUCUCUGGGUACCUGUACCCGUUCCCCCUGGCACUGUUCCUCGUCUGCCUGUGCUCUGGUCUGGGUGCGUCCUUCUGCUACCUGUUAUCUUACCUGGUGGGGCGGCCUGUGGUGCACAGGUACCUGACGGAGCGAGUCCAGAACUGGUCUCAGCAGGUGGACAACCACAGAGAGCACCUGAUCAACUACAUCAUCUUCCUGCGCAUCACGCCGUUCCUGCCCAACUGGUUCAUCAACAUCACCUCGCCCGUCAUCAACGUGCCCCUCGGAGUCUUCUUCCUCGGCACGUUUCUGGGCGUGGCUCCUCCGUCGUUCGUGGCGAUAAAGGCGGGCACGACGCUGUACGCUCUGACCACGGCGGGUGAGGCGGUGAGCUGGGGCUCGUUGGGCAUCCUGGCGGUGCUGGCGCUGCUCUCUCUGCUGCCCGUCAUCUUCCAGCGACGCCUCAAGGACAAGAUGCAGUAGCCCCGCCCACACCGGCCCACACUCACUCACACCAGCGCAGGAUUGGGGCAGGCCGCUGUCACUCACACGCACUCAUCUCUAGCCCGUCCCCUCUACUGUUGGUCUGCUCGUCCUCCUGAUAACUACUGGCCUCUGAUCUGGUCAUCAACUGGCCAUCUGAUCCCUCACGACUGGUCAUCUCACGACUGGUCAUCUCACCUCCAGCCCCUCCUGAUAACUACUGGCCUCUGAUCUGGUCAUCAACUGGCCAUCUGAUCCCUCACGACUGGUCAUCUCACGACUGGUCAUCUCACCUCCAGCCCCCCCAGUAGGAUGUGCCAUAGCAGGAGCCCUCACCUGUUCUCCAAUCCGCUCCCCCAGACCAGUGCUGACCAGACCAGAGCCCGUAGACCAGACCAGACUCCCCUGAAUACACUCCACUGCUUUGACCUCUGUGACCUUCAGCUUCUCUCCAUCACCUGCUCCUGCACUGAGCUGGCGUGUUCCCAUUGGCCCUCAGCUGCUCCAGUUAUGAGCUGGCGUGUUCCCAUUGGCCCUCAGCUGCUCCUGCACUGAGCUGGCGUGUUCCCAUUGGCCCUCAGCUGCUCCUGCACUGAGCUGGCGUGUUCCCAUUGGCCCUCAGCUGGUCCAGUUAUGAGCUGGCGUGUUCCCAUUGGCCCUCAGCAGGUCCUGCACUGAGCUGGCGUGUUCCCAUUGGCCCUCAGCUGGUCCAGUUAUGAGCUGGCGUGUUCCUAUUGGCCCUCAGCUGGUCCUGCACUGAGCUGGCGUGUUCCCAUUGGCCCUGCUGGUGACUGAUGUGUCCUGGGCAGGCCUGUUCUGUGGACACUGAUGUUGUGUGUGCUGCUAUGUUCCUUCUGUCUUCAUGAGUGUGGAGUUUUUAAUGCUUCCAAUUUUAGUUGAUUGACUUGGGCCUUAAAGUUUAAUGUUUAGCACAAGGUUUUAGUGGAACUGAGGGCUUUCUGCAGGCCACACACACACUCUUCUACUGUCCUGGAGAGUGACCUCAGAGGGGUUUUAAUGUGAAAUAUGUCUUAAUGUGUCUGUGUCUGUGUCUGUGUGUGCGUGCGUGCGUGUGUGCGUGAGCGUCUGUGUGUGU